AAAAUGGUCAUGUCAGCUCAUCAAAAAUCAUGAAAUCAGCACUAGCCCGGGAGACGUCGAAGUUCACGAGACAGUGUACCAACGUCUUUGGAGGGUUUGGUGCUUGGAAAGAGGGCGAAAAUGCGUACCGACACGGACAGCCGUCCGAUUGUCCUCAUCAGAGGCUCUGCUCUCGCCGCCUUGCUUGCUGUUCAUACUCAACCGACUGGUGCUCCUUGGUUGAGGACGAGUAGCAAUCGCGCUCAGGGGACGCUGAAGCUUAUGCGCUGGCGAUGGCGAGUCCGGCGGAGAAGUGGCCAUGGCGGAAGAUGCGAAGCGAAGCGGAGCCAGAUGUCACCGAGGCAGCGAAGCUCCAGUCGCUCCAGUCCAAAAUACCUGUUCUCAGGUAGGGGCCCGUGUCGACGGCGCGCACAAGCCGGCGCAAACGCGCACAAGCGACAGCAGGUGAAUGACCCAGGCCGCGAACACGAGCAGCGCUGGAACGGGGAAAACGAGCGAAUUGGGAAAGAAAUUGAGGCGAGGGAAAAAGAGUGUGCUAACGAUAGUCCUGAGGGGGGGGAGGAAAAGGAACGACGAUGGUCAGAGACAGAGACGGAGGAUCAACGAACGGUUUCUCAAGAGAACCGUGCCGAUCGUUGCUCGCUACCAGAACAAGCAGUAGUCGUAAUAGUUUGCUGAUUCUCUUUUUUCUUUCUUUUUUCGUCCCUCUCUCUCUGUCUUGUGGUCUCUCUCCCCUUGUCUUUGCUAUGAUCCAAUAUGUGCGCCUCACUGGCCGGUGGAGACGGGAUGCCGGUGCAUGAACUCG